CAGAACACACCAUCUCUCCUAACUUGGCUCACUCCUUACGCGUGACCUCUUGCUUUCAUUAUUCUCUCUCUCUAAAACACUUGGUUUCUCUCUCUACACCAUCAAACACAAAUCAAUGGCUGUCUCCUCUGUACCCUUCACACUCGCUGCAUCCACUCCUACCCAAACACAAGAAGGUUCCCUCUGUUAAAAUGUCUCUGCAACUCUUCCCUAUCACUCCUUUCUCAUGAUUCUCUUUACUACUCUCUCUUUUUUCAGCUUUUGACACUCUCAAAGCAGACAAUAAAGCCACCCAAUCUCUUUCCAAACCCUUCUUGUGUUCCUCAAUACUUUUACUAUUCUCUUCUCGAUCUUCGUUCCCUAUAAUUCAUCACAUUUAAUAUAUAUAUAUAUAUAUAUGAAGUGAUGGAUAGGUUCGUUCAAUAUCGAAGCGAAAGAGAACGCCCAUCCUUUUCAUCAACACUUCUCGACUCGAUCUAUCGUUCCAUCGACGACGACGAAGAAGAGCUGGUCCUUCACAGAGAAACAAUGAGGAAGAAACAGAGUAAUUGCAGAGUAAAGGCAACUAAAGGUGGUUUUGAUGACGACGAAGAAGAGAGAGCUAAUCUGCGACGGGUUUGUAUGAUCGAGAAGUGGAUGGAGAAGAAGGUGAGCGACAAGGUCGUCGUCGUUCAACGGAAGUCACGAAAAGAUCGUGAAUCGUCGUUGCUCAAUUCGAGCUCGACCUCUUCAGAUUCUAGCUAUGAAGCUGUGUAUGUAGCUCCAUCGAAAUCGUCUGGUUUUGCUACAUACAGGCCGAAACCUAUUCGAACAAGCGGUUCCAUUCAGAAGGAGGAAUUCAAAGCAUUUGAUAAUUAUCAUCAACAACAGAACAACAAAGGCGGCAAUUUCGUGAAGAAGACGAAGUCGAGAACCGGCGAUCUGAAAAAGCCGAAGCAACCGAUCUCGCCGGGCGGUCGGAUUGUGAGCUUUCUCAACUCUCUCUUCACCGCCGGAAACUCAAAGAAGGCGAAGAUCUCAUCCUCCGCCGGAGACUACUAUGCGAAACAAUCAGACACUGUUCCUACAUCGACUUGCUCAUCAACUACUUCGUUUUCACGAUCAUGUCUGAGUAAUAGUAAUACUCCAUCUUCGAGAGUGAAAUCAAGCAAUGACACGAAGAGGUCGGUGAGGUUUCAUCCUAUUAGUGUGAUCGUGGACGAAGAUUCUCAACCAUGUGGACACAAAUCUCUGCAUGGACACGGAUCGAGUUUGGAAACGGUGAAAAGCGUUCGAAACUCCAUCAACGAAGAGCUUCGAUUGCGUGUUAUGGAGAAACACAGGCGAGUUGAAGAAGUUGCCAGAGAUUUACUGAGGAAUUAUCAGAACAAGGUCCAUGUAGAUUCAAACAAUGACAAUGAAGACGACGACGAUGAUGGUGCCAGUUGUGCGAGCUCUGAUCUGUUCGAGCUCGAUAAUCUUGCUGCGAUUGGAAUGGAUAGGUAUAGCGAAGAACUGCCUGUGUAUGAAACGACUCAUUUCGAUACGAAUCGAGCUAUUGCUAAUGGCUUGAUGUGUAAUUGAAUUAUAGUUAUAGGUUUUGGGGUGUCAUUAAGACUAAUAAAUAAUUUUCCCUUUUUUUU